AAUAAGCCUUGUAUUUUAAAUUUUCAAUAUUCCAUUAAAUCAUCAAUCAAACCUCUCUAAAUAUUAUAUAUUGUUUCCAGAGAAUAUUAUAAUAUCACUUGCUAAUAUCUUUAUAUCAUUUUUAAAAUCCUAUUAAUUGGAUCGUUUAGACACUGUUUCAAACAUCAUAUUUUAAAAAUUUGAUUUCCUUUUCGUAAUCAAUGUCGAGUGUGUUUAAUCGGGAGGGGAACUACAUACGCUUGUGGGACUUUGCCGCACUCUAUGGACCACCAAUGGAUGUGCCAGCUGAUGUUGCUGAUUCUAGCGGCCGAUCCCAAGCAUAGUCACGCCCAGAUUCUCCAGCCGAUGUCCACGGCCUCGUCCUUUGUGAUCCUGCCGAAGAUUGUGGGCGGCUAUACGGUGACCAUUGACCAGGUGCCCUUCCAGGUGUCCGUGCGCCGGCGUCCGAUCCACCAGCGGCGCUUCGGAAUGGGUCAUGUGUGCGGCGGAGCGGUCAUCUCCCAGCGGGUCGUCUGCUCGGCGGCCCACUGCUAUGCCAUUACCCUCCCUAGAAAUAACUCGGUACCGCUGCAAUACCGUGAUCCGGAGCAAUUCGUGGUCGUCGCCGGCAGCAGUGCCAUCGAUCAUACGGACCGCUUCACCCAGGAGUACCUCGUCCAGCAGAUCGUUGGCCACGAGCAGUACAAUAUGACAUCGUUGGAGAACGACAUCGCCCUGCUCUUCCUCAAUGGAUUUAUUCCGUGGCAAUCGCUGGCGAUUCGACCCAUUCCGCUGGCCAUCGAUGCACCGGAAGAGGGCACCAUCUGCCUCAUACACGGCUGGGGCAAGGUCACCAAGAAGGACAAAUCUGCUUCGUUGCAACAGGCCCCAGUACCGAUACUGAACAAGGAGCUCUGCCAGGUGAUCUACAAGCUACCGGCCUCCCAAAUGUGCGCCGGAUUCCUGCAGGGCGGCAUCGAUGCCUGCCAGGGCGACUCCGGCGGACCGCUGAUCUGCGACGGGCAUUUGGCCGGAAUAAUAUCGUGGGGCGUGGGCUGUGCGGAUCCAGGCUAUCCAGGUGUUUAUACCAACAUCUCGCACUUCCUAGAAUGGAUUCGGAAGGCCAACGCUUCGCUGGAUUACUCCGAGUACCGCCAAAUGACGCCGCAGAGUCUGUCCAGCCGCCGAUCUGUGGCAUCUCAGUUCUUGGAUAUUGGCCUUCUGGGACUUAUCAUUAGCCUUCUCUGACGAUCGGACAGCACAAUAAAUCGCUUUCUCUUGUCUGUUCUACAACUGAUUUAUCUAAUCGUGGCGAGGAGGCACCCACUUGUAGAUUGUCCAAUAGUUGACGGUGAUCGACGGUUUUGAUGACAUCAGAGGAGGAGGGGCCCACUAAGGGGUACAAGGAGUCUCUUGGUACGGGGUACAACUUUACCCUUUAAACUUGUGGAAAGAAUACCAUUAAAUGAAAAUAAUACAAAAUAAAUAAUAAUGAAUUGGCAUUGUUCAAAAGGCAAUUAAAUCUUUAAGUUUUAAUUUCAAUAUAUUUAUAAAACACUUACUAAAAAAU